AUGUCCAGCAAUUCCAUAAAACUUUUGGCUAGCGAUGUUCACCGCGGACUCGCUGAACUCGUUGCCAGAAGGUUGGGUCUCAAACUUUCUCCCAGUGAGUUGAAGAGAGACCUGAGUGGUGAAGUCACUUUCAGCAUCGGAGAGAGUGUCAGAGAUGAGGACAUCUUCAUUAUCUGUCAAAUCGGCUCAGGUGAGGUUAAUGAUCGUGUUUUGGAGCUUCUUAUAAUGAUCAACGCCUGUAAGACGGCAAGUGCCAGAAGAAUCACCGUCAUUCUCCCUAAUUUCCCUUAUGCCAGACAGGACAGAAAGGACAAGUCUAGAGCUCCUAUCACUGCUAAGCUCAUGGCUGACAUGUUGACCACCGCUGGCUGCAAUCACGUCAUCACCAUGGACUUGCACGCUUCCCAGAUUCAGGGUUUCUUUGACGUGCCUGUUGAUAACUUGUACGCUGAACCUAGUGUGGUGAGAUACAUCAAGGAGAAGGUCAACUACCCCCAGGCUAUUAUCAUCUCCCCAGAUGCUGGAGGAGCCAAGAGAGCUGCUGGUUUGGCUGACACCCUAGACUUGAACUUCGCCUUGAUCCACAAGGAGCGUGCGAGAGCCAACGAGGUGUCCAAAAUGGUGCUCGUCGGUGACGUGAGUGACAAGAUUUGUAUCAUUGUGGACGAUAUGGCCGACACUUGUGGUACCUUGGCCAAGGCUGCUGAGGUGCUUCUAGAGAACAAGGCCAAGGAGGUUAUUGCCAUUGUGACCCACGGCAUUCUCUCAGGUAAUGCCAUCAAGAACAUCAACAACUCGAAACUCAAGGCCAUUGUUUGCACGAAUACAGUGCCUUUUGAGGAUAAGGUGUCUCAGUGCCCUAAGCUAGAUACCAUCGAUGUGAGUGCCGUGUUGGCCGAGGCCAUCAGAAGACUCCACAACGGUGAGAGCAUUUCAUACUUGUUCAAGAACGCCCCAUUAUAG